AUGCAGCUCGACCUUACAACGCAGGAUGAAGUCGAGUGUAAAUUACGAGCUGCACAAGGUCUCGAAGCAGUUUCCGAGCUUGAUCCAGGCAUUGUUACAGGACCUUUGUCUACAGUGUGGCGCAAUAUUAUUCAUGAUUUAGUCCAUCAUUUUGAACUGAAUCCAGAACAACUUGUUGUUGCUACAUAUGACUGGAGACUACCACCAAGUAAAUUACAAGAACGUGACAAGUACUUUGACUUACUGAAGAAGAAAAUUGAAUAUACGGUAGAGCUAGAUGGAAAUGAUGGUGGACUUGUUGUGAUUGCUCACUCGAUGGGUAAUGGCAUUUUACGCUACUUUCUCGAAUGGCUGAAAGACGAGGUGGGCCGCAAGAACUGGCAAAAGUGGAUUGAUCGACACAUCUCAGCCUACUUUGCGGUCGGUUCACCGCUAUUAGGAAGUGCUGAAUCACUCGAGCUGAUCUCGUCGGGUCUCACGGAAGGACUUCCAAUUACUCAGAGCGAAAUGCGCAAGCUCGUGGUUUCGUUUGGCUCCAUUUUGAGCUUCAUGCCGAUACCGUCUGGAUUGAAUUCGUCCAAAGACAACGAAGUACUUAUUGCUGUGCGUUCGCAGCAGACACUUGUUUCCGAAGACGAUCAAGUACAGCUUCGCAACUAUACCAGUGCCGACAUUGCCACGGGAAAGCUUUUUCGUGACAUGUCCGCGCAUGAUCCGAUCUUUGGCAAACUGGAGGCUAUGCGCCAAAGGUUUUAUGCGCAAGACUCUGUCCUUGAUUUUUUCAAACCCUGGAAGCGUCCUCCUAUCGCUUCUGUCUACAGCGUUUACGGCGUCAACGUUCCGACAAAAACUUUUUACGAGUACGAAAAUGCAAACACGCCUGGUCAUUGGUACCAGGUGCAGUAUAUGAAUGAAGAAGGUCAGGGUCCGACUUGUACUAAGAUAGGUGAUGGCACUGUUGGCUAUCAUUCGCUUUCCUGGGCACACACGUGGCUGGGCUCAAAAGGUUCAUCCGUGCGAGUCACCCAGACUCCCCAGUCUGUUUAUUUUUCAGCUGAAAACAUCACACGGGUGCGAGCUGUACGACAUGCGAGCACUCACCACGCAGAGUACUCACUGCUCAACGGCAACCUACCAAUUUGUUCGGUUGACACUGAUUUAUUCUCGCCUAAUGGUGGCGGUACAACGAACUUCUUUGCAGGGCUCUUUGAACCGCUCAACCGCAACAGGAUCACUUUUUUUGAGAGCUCCAGAAAAGUGGAUGGAGCUGCUUACUCGACUGGUGUGUGGGAAAUCGAUGGUGUUGGCCACCGUGACAUUCUUUCUAAUCCGGCAUUUCUUCGUGAGUUGCGCGCUGAGCUGCGUCAUAUCUUCAACGGCAAAACUAAUUCGGAUAAGUCGUCGCGUCCACCGGUCAUUGACGCUGACUGUUACUGGAACUAUCGUCGUGCUCAUUGCGAGUUUCAGGAGUUUUGCGAAUACCGAUAUGUCUUUGGUGAUAUGACCUUCGACCAGUCUUGUCGCAUUCGUUUAAAAGAAAGCCUUCCUGCACCAUUACAGACACCCGCUUUUUUGGGUGUCUCGGCAUCAAAUCCAAGUCAAGAGCCAGUAGAGUUUUCGUUUACUGGACCAUACUGUUCCGCGCCAUGCACGUCUUCAUCAUCAGACAUGACUUCGUCGUCCAGUCCAACAAAAGCCGUUGUAGAGAUGAAAGGACAAUGA